AAUUAAACAAGGUGAACUCCUGAUGACAAUUUUUUUAAAGAAUUUUCUUCGUAAUUUCACUUUGUCUUUUCAGACAUGGAAACUUGUAUCAGUUGCCCAGCAAAUAAGUAUCCUAACCAAGACCAGGAUAAUUGCAUUCCUAAAAUACCAAACUUUCUGGGCUUUGAUGAAACUUUGGCCAUCAUUUCAACUUCCUCAGCACUACUGUUCUCUCUGAUCACAGCUCUAGUGUUUGGCAUCUUCAUUAAACACCGGGACACUGCCAUCGUCAAAGCCAACAACAGAAGCCUCACUUACAUUCUCCUUGUAUCCCUCCUCUUGUGUUUCCUCUGCUCCUUGAUGUUCAUUGGAACACCUAAGCAGGCAACCUGCCCACUCCGACAAACAAGUUUUGGCAUCGUCUUCUCUGUGGCCCUCUCCAGCAUCUUGGCGAAAACUAUAUCAGUGGUUUUGGCAUUCAUGGCUACCAAGCCAGGAUCCACAAUCAGGAAGUGGGUAGGCAAAAAACUGACUUAUUCCAUUGUCCUCUCUGGCUCCACUGUUCAAGUGGGGCUUUGUGGUCUUUGGUUGGCAACUUUUCCCCCUUUUCCAGAUUUGGACAUGCAAUCAAUGAGUGAAGAAAUUAUAUUCUUAUGUAAUGAAGGGUCAGUCCUCAUGUUCUACUGUGUUUUAAGCUACAUGGGCUUCCUGGCCAUUAUCAGCUUCACUGUGGCUUUCCUAGCCAGGAAGUUACCUGACAGUUUCAAUGAAGCCAAGUUCAUCACCUUCAGCAUGCUGGUCUUCUGCAGUGUUUGGAUGUCCUUUAUUCCAACUUACCUGAGCACCAGAGGAAAAUACAUGGUGGCUGUGGAGAUUUUCUCCAUCUUGACCUCUAGUGCAGGAUUACUGACUUGCAUCUUUUCCCCCAAAUGCUACAUUAUUCUUGUGAGGCCUGAGUUGAACACCAGAGAACAUCUAAUACAAAGAAAGAUAAAUAAUAAAUAAUAUUAGAAUCUGUGAUUUUCAAGUUGGUAUUCUACAGUGAAACUUCAAAAAAUGUGAAUGAAUGAGGACAAGGUGACCAAAUGAAACCAUUUCAGCAAUUUUGUGCUUUGUUUCUAAACUGCAAAAUGGUUGCCUGUUCUUUUAAGAGCCCUUUCUGAUCAACUGAGGCAAAUGUUCAGCUAAAGUGGAUACAAAGUUCAGCUUAAGAAACUGAAACUCCAAAAGAGAAAGAGAAACAUCAACAUUAUUCUAUAGCUAUUCUGAUUAGAUAGCUGAUAUGAAUGAGAUGUAGAGAUAAUAUAUGUAUUACAGUAUAUUUUUUGACUAAGUGAUAUAUGAAUUUAAAAAGU